UGGAUCGGUGUUCUGUUGUAAGAGAAUCAUUGUAAAUGAUCAAUUGACCUCAUGGCUCGAAUCCGGGCCUGUGGCUUCGAAGACCUACUUGCAGGCUGGAUAUUCAGAGACUAUAUCUCAAUCCGCACUGUUCUUUGCGUCCAAAAUGCCCAAAGGCACAGUAGAUGCGGAGAGAUGAGGACUGUAUCGGCCAACGCAAAUUGCCCCUCCAUGACUGGACUCAAAUUUUCCCCAAGAUAAUGAACCCCACCAUCAUCAUCCCACCAUUCACCCCGCCGACGUCACAAACGUCAAUAUUUGAACUGAUCUGUCCGCACGUCUCACGGCCCUCUACCCAAGUCUUUCAGAAUGGCCAAGGCUAAGAAGGGAAAAAGUGACGAGAAGGCAGCUAAGCUAGCUGCAAAGAAGCAGAAGCAGGCCAACAAGGGCGAGAAGAAGGCAAAGACCAAGACUGCAAAGCUCGAGGGGAGCGAUGCCGAGGAUGUUGACCUCGAGCAAGUGCUUGAGGAGUACAAGAAGCAGCAGGAGCAAUUCCUCAAAGUCACGGAGACCGUGUGCGAGGGACCUCCCAAGGCCCGUUCUGCUUCCACCAUUAUGGCCUCUCCCUGUGACAGCAACAACUUGCUGCUCUUUGGUGGCGAGUACUUCAAUGGUUCGUUGGCUCACUUCUUCAACGACCUGCACAUCUACUACAUCAACCGUGAUGAGUGGAGGUGCGUGACGUCCCCGAACGCCCCCUUGCCGCGCUCUGGACACGCGUGGACGAGGGCCUCAAACCCCAACCAUGUCUACUUGUUCGGCGGAGAGUUCUCGUCGCCAAAGCAAGGGACGUUCCACCACUACUCGGACUUCUGGCGGUUGGAGCCUGCCACGAGAGAAUGGACAAAGAUUGAGUGUAAGGGCAAGACGCCCCCGGCCAGGAGUGGUCACCGCAUGACAUACUGGAAGCAGUAUAUCAUCUUGUUUGGUGGCUUCCAGGAUACCUCAAACCAGACCAAGUAUCUUGCCGAUGUGUGGAUCUUUGAUACCCAAAAUUUCUCCUGGCACAGCCCGACUCUGCCUCCUGCACAGUUGAAGCCUGAUGCCCGGUCGUCUUUCACGUUUCUUCCCCACGAGCAAGGCGCUGUUCUCUACGGAGGGUAUUCAAGAGUGAAAGCUACCGUAGCGGCCAACAAGCAAGCCAGGGGUUCAAGCCAAGGACAGAAGAACAUCUUGAAGCCAAUGGUUCACGAUGACUGUUUCUUCCUCAGGAUGUCUUUGCCGCCUGACGGAUCACCCCCGACAGCGCCUCCAGUCGUUCGCUGGGAACGGCGCAAGAAGCCUGCCAAUGCUCCCAGCCCCAAGCGCGCAGGCGCCACCAUGGCAUGGCACAAGGGUCGUGGAAUUCUGUUUGGAGGUGUGCACGAUGUUGAGGAUAGCGAAGAGGGCAUGGACAGCGAGUUCUUCCGAGAGCUUUUCGCGUGGAACAUUGAGAGGAACCGCUUCUUCCCGCUUGCCCUGCGCAAAGCCCGUCAGCAAAAGAAGGCCAACCCAGCCGAGCAGCGUGGAGGCCGUCGUGCUCGUGCACAGGAUCGAGAGGAGGAACUCCUCCGUCAGCUGGCUGCCUUGGAGACUGGCAAGUCUUUGGAGGAUGCUGACGACAUGGAGAUUGAGAAGAAGGAGGAAGAGCCUGAUGAGGAUGCGACCCCUAUGAGGGAGAUGCCGAUAACGAUGGAGCUGCCGCACCAACGUUUCAAUGCCCAGUUGGCUGUGCAGGAUGAUGUGCUCUACAUCUAUGGAGGCACUUUCGAGGCCAAGGACCGCGAGUUCACUUUCGACGACUUAUACGCAGUGGAUCUUGGCAAAAUGGACGGCUGUAAAGAAAUCUUCAACAGGCCUGUCGAUGACUGGAUUGAGUCCGAGGAUGAAGAGGAUGAUGACGAUGAAGAUGACGACGAAGAUGAUGAGGAUGAGGAGGAUGAAGAAGGCGAUAUCGAGAUGGAAGAGGAGGACAAGAAGCAGUUCUACACGCCGAGCAAGCGCAAGAAGAAGCAGGGUGAUGAGGCCUCUGUUGCCGGCUCCGAAACGACCAAUGCAACCUCCUCGACUGCGCCUACGAGUGCGACAGAGGACGACGAUACCGAGGCGACCGAAACCGCCGAUGACGGUCUCCCUCACCCAAGACCCUUCGAGACAAGACGUGACUUCUUCGUGCGCACCACGAACGAGUGGCAGGAAAUUCUCAUGACCAACCUUCGCUGGAAGAACAUUCAGCCGGAGACGCUCGCCAUUAAAGAGAUCAAAGCUAAGGCCUUUGAGCUCAGCGAGGAGAAGUGGUGGGAUUGUAGAGAGGAGAUCACGGCGUUGGAGGAGGAGCAGGAGGCCGCUGGUAUUAGUGAGGUUGUAUCACUUGCCGAGAGAGGUGAUGCUGCUGCCGGUGGCGCCAGAAGACGAUGAUCACUUCAGCAGAAAGAUGCAAAUAGUCUUGAAAAAUAAAGAUGCUGG